AUGGCGGCACCAUUUUCCACCACACAAUCCAACCAUGCUCGAGGGACGGAGUACCUUCAACUCCACGACCCGGACCUCACCGAGUCCCAACGUACGGUGCGUGAGGCCAUCAGCAAAGUGUGCUCCAGGUUCGACGACGCCUACUGGCUGGCCGCCGACCGCGACCACCGGUUCCCCGUCGAGUUCCACCAGGCGGUGGCCAAGGACGGGUGGCUGGGGAUAUGCAUGCCGUCCGAGUACGGCGGGAGCGACCUGGGCAUCGCCGAGGCGGCCGUCAUGGUGCAGACCAUCGCCGAGAGCGGGGCGGCGUACGCGGGCGCGAGCGCGGUGCACAUGAACAUCUUUGGGUUGGAACCAGUGCGCAAGUUCGGCACGGAGGAACAAAAGAGUCGCAUGCUCGUGCCGCUCAUCGCGGGCGAGGAGCGGGCGUGUUUCGGCGUGACGGAACCCAACACCGGGCUCGACACGUUGAGACUGCAGUCCCGGGCGGUGCGAAAGGACAAACACUACGAACUCAGCGGGCAAAAGAUUUGGAUCUCUACGGCACAAGUGGCCGAGAAGAUUUUGGUGUUGGCGCGCACGACUCCCCUCGAACAGGUCAAGAAACCGAGUCAAGGGUUGAGUCUGUUUUACACGGACCUAGAUCGCAAACAGGUCGAGGUCACGGAGAUUCCCAAAAUGGGUAGGGCGGCCGUCGACUCGAACACUUUGUUCUUCGACGGGUGGAAGGUACCCCAAGAAGACCUGAUCGGGGAAGAAGGAAACGGGUUCAAGAUGAUCAUGCACGGCAUGAACGCGGAGAGGAUCCUCAUCGCCGCCGAGGCUUUGGGGAUAGGGUUCGCCGCGUUGAGGAGGGCGGCGCUAUACGCCGGGGAAAGAAAAGUGUUUGGAAGGCCGAUCGGGCAGAACCAAGCCAUCCAGCAUCCCCUGGCCGACAGUUGGAUGCAGCUCGAGGCCGCGAGGUUGAUGAUUUACCAGGCCGCGAGGAUGUACGACCAGGGGUACGAGACGGGAGAGUACGCCAACGCGGCCAAGUAUCUCGCCGCGGAGGCUGCGUUUGGCGCCUGUGAAAGGGCCGUCAUGACCCAUGGUGGCAUGGGUUAUGCAAAGGAGUAUCACGUCGAGAGGUACCUGAGGGAAAUCAUGAUCCCUAGGAUUGCCCCGGUGAGCAGGGAGAUGAUCAAGAACUAUAUCGGUGAGAGGGUGUUGGGUUUGCCGAGGUCGUAUUGA